AUGAAUCAACACACAACAUCUGCUACAGAUAAAACAACAUUACAAACAUCGUCUGUUAUUCUAUUAAAGACACAUCGUAUUAAAAUAAACAAAUUAUCAUCUAGUAUUCGUAUUACACAGGAACUUGUUGAUCAAUGUGUCGAACAAGAAAAAGCUUUAGCACUUGUUGUUAAAACAUCAAAACUAUCCAAUAAAGUUGUAUGGUUUAAAAAUACUGCUCGUAAUAAAUAUAAUGAAACUGAGCGGAUUUUUAAUGAUGAUAAAUUUCAUUUAAUCUCACAAACAACUGUACAUAUCCUCAUUAUAUCAGCUGUUAAACUUGAUGAUACAGGAGAAUAUUUUUGUCGAAUUGAAAAUACAUUAACAUAUGCAAAGAUUGAAGUAAUAAAUGAAAAGUCAAAUACUAAUCAACAAUUAUCACGAUCAUUAAUUAAUAAAUCGACAUCAUAUGAUUUUAAUACAUUUGAAGAGGAAUUAAAAUUAAUUCAUCCAUUACCUGAACAAAUACGCUUAGACAAAAAUGAUAAGUUAAUCGUUUUUUGUGAAACCAAUCGUAAACCAAAUCAUGUACAAUGGUUCAAAAAUGAAUCAAGUCUUUCAUCCAUAUCAAAUAAUUUGGAAACUUAUUAUUUCGAUUCAAUUUCAAUAUUAAUUUUAUAUCAUGUUAAUGAAGAAGAUUCAGGUUUAUACACGUGUUAUCUUGGAGAUUAUUGUAAAACGAGAUGUACAGUACAAAUUGAUGAUUCAAAUUUGAUCUAUAUAGAUAAAUCAAUUGCUUGGGAAGAAAUUAUGGAACCAAUUGAAUGUAUUCAUUUAAAAAUAAAUAAAGCAUUUAUUUCAUUUAAAUGGUAUCAUCCGAAUCCGAACGAAGAAAAUCUAUCAUAUUUAAUUGAUAAUAAAUUUAAAAUAGUAUCCGAAAGUUCAACACAAGAAUUAGAGUUAAUUAAUACAAAAAAAACAAAUUUAAUUAAAUAUUUUUUAUCUUUCCAAUUGAUAGACAAACAAUACCAAAUGAUAAUUAUUGAUUUAAUAAAAAUGAAAAUAAAUAAUGAUAAUCAAGAUUCUCUAAUAAAAUCUUUAAAUUCAAUUGAAACAAAACAAGUAACAGAAGGUGAUGAUUUAAUUAUCGAAAUAAUUUUUCAACAUGAUCGUAAUUUAUUAUUAAAAGAUUAUCUUAUUUUAUUAAAAAAUAAUGUUCCAUUAUAUAAUCACUUUGAAAUUAAUCCAUCAGAUGAUACAUCAUCAGAAUUAAGUCAUUGGAUUAUUACUUUAUCAGAUAUUAAUUUAAAUGAUGAAGGUGUUUAUUCGAUCUGUAUUAAUCAAAACUUAAAACAUUUAUUUGUUUUAUCGAUUAAACCGUGUUGUUUACAACGCAAAUCAAUUAUAUUAUCUAAAGAUAAAUUUAAUUUGCACGAAAAUUUAGAAUUUAUAAUUCAAUUGGAAGAACCAUUAUAUGAUACAAAUAAUAAAUUAAUGUGGUUUAAAAAUGGUUAUCCUAUUGAAUCAUCAAAUCAGCAUAUGAUAAAUACUAUAUGUUCAGUACCAAAUCAAUCAACAACACAUAAAUUAAUUAUUCAAGAUAUAACUUUUGCAGAUCAAGGUAUUUAUAGCUUAUGUAAUUCUAAUGUUAUUUUUGAAACAUCAUUUAUUCAUGUUUUUCGAAUGCCUAUUGAACCACCAUCACUAUUACAUACAGUUAUAAAAAGUUCUGAUUAUGAAAUAAAUCUUAUUAUUAAAAAUUUAUCUGAUCAAUAUAUAUUGCUUUAUAAAGGUAAUCAAGCAUUACAAGAUUUAACUAAAAUGAUUACAUAUGUUGACAAUGAAAAAAUUCAAUUAAAAUUCAACAAUAUUAAAUUAUAUGGUUAUGAAAUUUAUCAAAUUAAUAUAAAUAAUAAUAAUAAUAAUCAAUGUACAACUGUUUGUUCAUUUAAUUUAAUAGAACAACAAAAAGAAAAAUGUUCAAUCGACAUCAAUCAAAAUAUAUUGAAGAAAGAUGAUUUAAUUUUGGUAUGCAUUCAAAAUAAAAAUAUCAUUUUAAAUGAAAUCCAAUUGCUCAAAAAUAUUCCACCAUCAACUGAAACAGAAGAAAUAAAGAUUUCAACCAGAAAAGAACAGAAUAAAUAUAUGAUUAUGCCAAGAUUAUCAAAAUUAAAUAGUGUGUUUAAUUUAUUAUUUUAUUAUCGUUGUGUGUCAUCGGAAAUAGAAAUUGAUUCAAAAUUUUUUUAUAACGAUAUACUGAAAAACUGUGAUGUAAUUGUGACGCAAGAUAUAGCAAAUGUUUCAAGAACAACAAUAUCAACUGAUUAUUUAUCAACAUGCUAUCUUAUUUUAAUGAGUUUCAAUCUAGAUCAUCAGUGUUAUGUGUACUUGAAACAUCAUUCAAGACUUAUCACCAAAAACACUUCUGCACCAGAAUUACUUUCAAUGUUUUUUGAAGAUAUAUGGAUUGAAAUAAACACUAUAUUAUCAAAAAAAUUUCGUUUAUCAAAUACAUUUCGUGUGAAUGAUUUAAAAGAUUUACAAUUAGUGAUUGGUGGAGGAACACAUGCUUCUCGUGAUGCAAUUCGUAAUGCAUUCGCAUUAUUAAUAAAUCCAGAUCAAUCAAUAUUGGAUAUGAUAUUCAAGCAUUGCAAUAUUGAUUAUCAAUAUUUAGUUAAUCAUUCGAUAAAUAAAAUAAUAAUUAUAAAAUCAAUUAAAUGUGCUCAAACUAAAGAAGAACUUGAAUUAAUGCGUAAUCAUCCAAAUGAUGCAAAUACCAUCUUACCAGCUAAUUUAUGGGUUACAUAUAACUGUUCAACAAAAGAAUGCAUUUUCAGUGUUAGAUGGACUUUUUCUGCAAAUACAAUUGAUCUAGCUCUGAUGAAGAUUGAUUUAUUCAACUCAAAAGAUUUAAAUCAAUUUGUAUGGAAAUUUCAAAAUAAACAUAUUCAAAUAUUAAGACAUAAUUUUCGAAAUCGAUCAGAUAUUUUAGAAAAAUUUGAAAAAUGUUUUUUAUAUAUAAAUCAAAAUUCAUUAUUUAUUCCGUCAGUGAUCGAUUAUUCGUUGGAACCUCGUAGUAAUGAUGAUCCAGAUGAAGACGAAGAUGAUGAUGAUGAAGAUGAACUUGAACUUGAACAUAUUGAUGGUUAA